GAUUCCUCUCUUCUGAGUAAAUGAAGAAAGUGACUAUGAAGGCACAGCAUCUGCCUUCUGUUUUCAUCAAUGAAGAGAAGUUCGUAACCAGAGAGCACCUCAGUUAUCUUCUGAAGAAUUAUAACUCUUACUAUUCAGAUCAAGAGAAUCUGCAACUGACAUAUAAUCAGCAGGAAGGAAGCACCCCCUUCAUUGAAGGAAUCCUCUCAAUAUUCUGGGGUGUGUGGCAUCCUAUCAGAUUAAAGAUUCAGGAUGAGAAGCAGAUACCCUCUUUUGUAACCCUGAAGUCAACAGAGAAUGUGGGCUUUUUCCCCGGUAAAAGGGGAAUGACUCGCUGGGGAGAGUUUGCUGACCUCCAUCACAUCAGCGGGGAUACACUGAAAUCUACUGAGGAGCAGGCAGACCUCGAGCAAAGUUAUCCACGCUAUGAAAGUCACACUCUCAGGUCCAGGAGGGAGCAGGAGCUCGACUGUGCCACCCUGCCCCGCAGCAGCAGCGAUGCCGCGGCCGUGCGCAGGAGGACCAAGCUCCCCACCAUCACCAGGACAGAAGUAGAAACUCACAGGUUCUCUAUCAAUGGCCACUUCUACAACCACGAGACAUCAGUUUUCACUCCGGCUUUUGGGUCAGAAACCAAAAUAAGAAUCAACAGCCAGAUGAGGAGCAGACAAGUGAUAGAGCAGUUGCUUCGGAAGUUUAAGAUAGAAAACAGCCUCCAUGAAUUUGCACUUUACAUUAUCCAUGCAUCUGGAGAUUCCAUAAUUAAUACUGACUACACACAGAGUGGGGUCUUCAGAAAAUUUGGAUCCUCAGGGUACACACGAGAGAAGAGGCUGAUCCAGCAGCACCUGCGCAGUCGGAGCGUUCAGAAAACAGAGACCACGGUGUGA